CGUGAAAGAAAGCGACAUGCGAGAAAGUGAAUAACGCAACGAGUGGUCGCAGCCCGUUUGUUUACAUUUGUGAAACUGCUGAUGAUGGUGCAAGAAUAAUUUAAGGAAUUUCAUAUAUCUUCGCACAUAGACUAAUGGCCAACUCAUUACCGGUGAAUUUGAUCGUUUGGUUACAAGUAUUAACAGUAUUAUUAAGUUUAACUUCGAUAGUAAUCUCGAAGACUGUUCCAAAAGAAGAUGGCCAGUGUGUUAUGUAUGGUCAUUGCGAAGGACAAUUUGGAGAUGCACCAUGUGUUUAUGAUGGACCUCCAAAAGCUGUGGGAAACGUAACAAUUGAAGAUUAUGAUAUCACAUCAUUGGAGCUUCUACAAAACCUUUGUCCUGAAUUUAUUUAUGAUGAUGAUCCACAUGUUUGUUGCAGUAUAUCUCAGCUUGUAGCAUUUCAGCAGCAAAUGGAUUUAGUAGAAGGUUUAGGAUUUUCUAGAUGCCCAUCAUGUUUGUAUAAUUUCCGUCGCAUCAUUUGCUAUUUAUCAUGCACGCCUUGGCAAAGUAGAUUUCUCAAUGUUACUAAAAGCUCUAAAGUAGAUGAUGGGACAGAAGUUGUGGAAGAAAUUGAUUAUUAUGUCUCAAAGCAGUAUGUGUAUAGACUUUUUGAUUCAUGUAAAGAUUUACAAGGUAUCUUCCCUGGUUCUUUGAUUAUGGAUUACGGUGUUUGUGGCUCCUGGGGGAGUGCUCAGUGCAGCCCUGAGCGAUGGACCGAGUUUAUGGGUUCUACUCCAAGUGAAGGUGCUUAUUCUCCUUUCAAGACCAACUACAAAUUAAAAAUUGAAAGCUCAGUGGAUAUUGAUGGAAGAACUUACUAUCCCAUGAAAGCUCCAUCCACCAGGUGCUCAGAACCUCCAGAAGAAGGGCUGGAUUCUUGUAGUUGCAAUGACUGUAAAGAAGCUUGUUCAAGAGAAUUACUUGAAGCUCCAGUUCUUUCUCUUGUUUCAGAACCUUUCACCCUUUUCAACUAUGAUGGUUCCAUUGCCAUUUGUGUUAUUGUAUUCCUUUCAUCUUUUCUUUUAAUCACCUUCAUCUUUUGUUGUUAUAGAAAUUCCAAUCCAUCAGUUGCUGAAGUGUAUAUUAGCCCUAGAAAUAGUACUAUGUUAAAUUCAGGUAUAGAUCUUGGUUCUCUGGAAGAAAUUAAGCCACUGCGAUCAAGACUAAACCCAGUCGUUCUUUCGGAAAGAAGCAGAAGAGCCUUAGCGAAGAAAGAGCCAAGUAAACCAACAAAGUUUCAACUUGCUGGCUUAUGGCUUGAAAAAUGCUUUGAAUCUGGCUUUGCUGAUUGGAGUAGAAUAGUUUCUAAAAGACCGAUCACAGUCAUGCUUGCAUCUCUUGCUAUUUGUUUUGUAUUGUCUUCUGGCUUGAUUUUUAACCUUGAUAUUACCACUAAUCCGGUUGAUCUUUGGGUGUCUGCCAAAAGUCAAGCUCGUCAAGAUAUGGAAUAUUUUAACUUACACUUUGGGCCAUUUUAUCGAAUUGAACAAGUUAUUAUUACACCUGCUAAACAGGAGAGCUUCUUUCAUCCUGCAGUAAUAAAUCAUGAAUUAGUUAAUGUUUCAUGGGGCCCAAUAUUCGAAAAAGAAUUUCUUUUAGCAGCCCUUGAACUUCAGAUGAAAAUUGAAAAUAUUACUGGAUCAGAUGGUAAAGUAAAGAUUCACUUAAAAGACAUCUGCCUAUCACCUUUGAAACCUAUUAACUCAGAAUGCAUUAUCCAAAGUUUAUUUGCCUUUUAUCAAAAUAAUGCUACUCUCUUGCAAGAUGAAACUACUUACCUUUCUCAUUUUAAAAUAUGUUCUGUAUCUCCACAAGAUCCUAAAUGCUUUGCACUUUAUGGUGGACCUCUUGAUUCUACAGAAGUAGUGAUAGGAGGAUUUAAAAACAACUCCUAUGAAACAGCAGAAGCCCUUGUUAUCACAAUUCCUCUUCCAAACUAUUACAACUCUGAAGAAAACUUGCCAUCUAAACUUUGGGAAACAGAGUUUAUAAACUUUCUGGAAAACUAUUCACACCCCUUAUUGGAAGUGGCUUUUAAAGCUGAGAGAUCAAUAGAAGAUGAAAUAGAACGGGGAAGUAAUUCCGAUAUUUUGACUGUAGCGAUUAGUUACUUACUUAUGUUUCUCUACAUCACAGUAUCUCUUGGAGAAUUUCAUGGAUGCAAAACAUUAUUGGUUGAAUCAAAAUUUACUUUAGGAUUUUUUGGUGUUCUUAUUGUACUCAUUUCUGUUGUAUCAUCAUUGGGAUUAUUUUCGUUCAUUGGUGUUCCAGCAACUUUGAUCAUUAUUGAAGUGAUACCUUUCCUUGUUCUGGCUGUUGGGGUUGAUAAUAUUUUCAUUCUUGUCCAAGCAUACCAAAGGGAAGAUUGGAAGGCAGGUCAAACCUUAGAGGAUAAAAUUAGUUAUACUGUUGGAAAAGUAGCUCCUAGCAUGCUGUUAUCUAGUAUUUCAAUGUCUAGCUGUUUUUUUAUAGGUGCUUUAACAGAGAUGCCUGCUGUACGUUUGUUUGCUUUGUAUGCUGGAGUUGCUUUGCUAGUCAAUUUCUUUCUACAAAUGACAUGCUUCCUAGGGCUAUUUAUCAUAGAUUCCCGCCGACAAGAGAAUAAUAGACUGGAUGCAUGUUGCUGUUUUACUGCAUCAAAAAAAUUCAGCACAUCUUUUAAGGAAGGUCUAAUGUUCAAAACAAUCAAGAACCUAUAUGCGCCAUUCCUCAUGCAAAAUUUUGUGAGAUAUCUUGUGAUAGUAGCGUUCCUCUUCUGGCUUUGUUUAUCUGCAGCUGUUUUACCAAAAAUUGAUGUUGGAUUUGAUCAAAAGCUUUCAGUGCCAGAAGAUUCUUAUAUGCUAAAAUACUUUGAUUACUUGGAAAAGUAUUUAUCUGUUGGGCCACCUGUAUAUUUUGUGAUAAAAGAUGGUUAUAAUUAUUCGGAUUUAAAUGCUCAAAAUCUAAUUUGCUCUUCUCGGAAGUCCUGCAAACCUGAUUCUUUGACAAUGCAGCUUGGUCGAAUGGCCAUGGUAAAAAAUAGAACUUACAUUGCUUUGCAACCGAUGUCAUGGCUUGAUAAUUAUUUUGAGUAUCUUCAGUCAGAUUCUUGUUGUUAUGUUUUCAAAAGUAACCGCACUCAUUGCCCUUCCUAUAUUGCUCAUGAGCACAAAGGUUUAUGUAAAUCAUGCCAAGCUAAAGAUCCAUCAUCUUUAAAAGAACAAGACUUCAUUCAAAGAUUACAUUAUUUCCUCGCUGACUCACCAUGGGAACGUUGUCCAAAAGCGGGGAAAGCCAUGUUUGGUUCUGCUGUUGAACUGUUAUCUAAUGGAAGUGACAACAGCAUUGGAGCUACAAAUUUCAUGACAUACCAUUCAGUUUUAAAAUCAUCAAGGGAUUUUUAUGAAGCUUUGGAUUGGUCACGAAAAAUUUCAGAAAAUCUAACUACUUCCAUUGCAUCUCAAGAUCCCAAUGCUCAAGUGUUUCCUUAUAGUUUGGUCCAUGUUUAUUAUGAGCAGUAUCUCACAAUGUGGCCGGAUACAUUGAAAAGUAUUGGAUUAUCAACUGCUGCUAUAUUUGCUGCUACCUUCCUUUUGUUAGGACUUGACAUACAUUCUUCAGUCAUUGUGACAUUUACGGUCAUUAUGAUUGUUUUCAAUCUCAUGGGCCUGAUGUACUGGUGGAAUAUUUCUCUAAACGCUGUUUCUCUUGUAAAUUUGGUUGUGGGUGUUGGAAUUUCAGUGGAAUUUUGUUCCCAUUUGACAAGAAGUUUUGCUCUAAGUGAGAAGAAAACUAAAGUUCUCCGUGCUCAAGAUGCUUUAUCGCAAAUGGGAACAUCAGUUUUAUCUGGUAUUACUUUAACAGAUUGUGGCAUUCUUGUUUUAGCUUUUGCUAAAUCACAAAUUUUCCAAGUAUUCUAUUUUAGAAUGUACUUUGGAAUAAUAGCUUUUGGAACUCUUCAUGGUUUAAUAUUCCUGCCUGUACUUUUGAGUAUUUUCGGGCCUCCUCCAAGGUGGAAGAAACCUCAACCUAAAUCAAUUGAAUACAAAUCCGAUUCAACAAGUAUCUAAAAGAUAGUUCCGAUAUUUCUCAGUGACCAAUAUGAAAGAAGUGGAAGAUUUUAUCCCUUUUUUAUCCUGCAUUUGUGUACAUAGCAUUUUUCUAUGUUUCUGUAAUUUUUAAACAUUAUUUUCUACCUUUAUUUACUACAAUUUUAUCAUAUAAAAUGCAAACAUAUAGAAGCUAAUAGCUUUUAAUAUGAAGUUGGAUGAACUAAAUAUGCUAGUCUUUAUUUGUACGUAGUGUGCCAAAGAAUGAAAUUGAAAUAAGAACUGCUGCCGUCCAUAUAUUUGUUAAACAACUGUUUCAGAACUUAAUUUUCGAUUUACUUUUUAUACAAUCAAAUUAUUGUAGCAUGAUUUUAAAGGCUACAGUACAACUGAAAAAUUGAAACAAUUUUAUGUAUCAAGUAACAAACAUAUAUGACGUAUGGCACUUUGGGACAAUAACAAAACUUCUUUUGAUUAUUUUAAUUAAAAAAAAAAAGAAAGCACCAGAAGUUUGACUAUAGUUGAUUGAUCUUUUAAACAGAUAAAAACUAAAGCAUUGAAUAUGUUAGCUAAAGUCUUGAAAUUUAAGUGGAUAAACUAGGAAGCAUCCCCCUCCUCUUAAAAUGGUUGAAACAUUUUCAAUUAGUUUGAAAAAAAAAGUCCCCAUGUAAUAUGGUUUUUUAAGACAUAGGUUAGAGAAAAUAAAAUUAAUUUCAACGACUGUGCAAAGUUAAUGUACAUUUAUCCAGUUCUAUAUACUCAUACUUUUUACAACAAUGUUUUAUCGAACAUAAACAUAAAAGAAAUAUGUCACUAAACCUUUGUCUUUUUGCCAAGAAAUUUUAUCCAUCUAUGCUGAGGCAUAAAAAUUUAAGAUUAUGAAAAAAAAAAAAAAUAUGUAGCAAUCCCA